AUGUCAGAUCCUCCUCCCGGCCCCUCCCUCGCCGAGCACCGAUUUCGGUCAACACACCAAAGUGCAGACGGUUUGAAUCUCAUCCUGCCUCGUCACAGCCACCGAAACAACAUGUCGCCGUCAUUAGAUACAUUCACCACGCCAUCAGGCACGCAGACGCACUACCUGCAGUCCGGCAAUGCCAACGGCCCCCUCAUCAUCUGCAUGCACGGCCUUGGUGGCUCCUCAAAGACCUUUCUGCCUCUGCUCCCGCAUAUCCCACAGUCUUACAACACCGUCAUUGUCGACUUCCCUGGUUACGGCAAGACCCCGAGAAAUACCACCCAGACGGUGACAAUCCCUGGGCUGGUGGCCGAUCUCCAGGCUCUCGUACAGCACAUCCAGUCCAGCCAUGGAACAGAGGAUGACAAGGUCAUCAUCUUCGGACACUCCCUCGGCAGCAUUGUCGGCUUGCACUUCGCUGCACAAUUCCCCGCAAAAGUCGGCGGCAUGUUUUUGCUCGGUGCCGGCAGGUCCGCCUCGCACAUUCCCGCAGUCCGCCAACGGAUGCUCGACACCGCCACAAAGACGCGCACCGAGGGCAUCGAGGCCGUUGCCAAGGGCGCGUCGAUUGGAAAUUUCCCCAGCGACGAGCAGCGAGUCGUCCCUCCAGCGAACAGGCAGGCCGUGUACGACGAAGUAGCAGCAGCAGACCCAGAGGCUUACGCCCAGACCUGCGAGGCCAUUGUUGGCGAAGAGCACAAGGAUCCAGACUAUGCGCAGAUCAAAUGCCCUGUUACUUUCAUUGCCGGAGACUUGGACGUCAUCAGCCCAGUCGAGAGAUCGGAGGGCCUCAGCAAACUACUCGGUGGUAGCGCUCGUGUCGAGGUAGUCAAGGGUGGCCAUCAGCCGAUCAUCGACGACAUUGAACCUGUUGUUGCGGCCAUGACAAAACUGCUGGAGCAGAUCGCAGCUCCGAUGUGA